UGGAGCCGUUCGUAUUGAAGUUGUCAAACCAAGUAAUCAGAUCAAACGGGGUGAUAUAUUAUAUGGUUCAUAUGCAACGGAAAGACCAUUUCUCCCAAGGUUGGGAGUUCCAUACGAGGAAACCCUGUCCCUAAUUUCCCCUAGAAAUAUGCACAUCUUUUUCCCCAAAAGAGUAAUUUCAAAUUCCUGCGAUCUUAUUGUUUUUCGAAGAUCAGAAGACAGUUUGGAGUACUUGAGAUUCGGCCACUUGGUGUGUAUGUAUAACAAAAGCUAAUGAGGAGUAAUUGACGUUGGUAUUCUCAAUCUCUUUCGUCACUUUCUCUCUAAAUAAAUCUUAGGCUCCUUCCUUCUGAUGUUAUUAACAUGCCUGCAACUCUUUCAUCGUUGCUAUUUACUCAUCCAAAGAAUUUCAUCGGUAAUUUGCUUUAAACCAUAGCUCAAUUAAUCUAUGUAUUUCAUUUCUAUCGUUUGUUUCGUGUUCUUUGAUCGGUUGGAUUGAUUCUAUUACAAACAUUGAUUUUCUACCUUCCUAGCUAGCUUAAUUAGUUAAGUCACACAUAUUAGCAAACAUCAAAGCUCAAAUACAAAAGAAUCAUGAAAUAAGGCCAGAUCAAAAAGAGCUGAUCAAACAUCAAAGCUUCUUGAAUUGGUGAUCAAUUGAUUACAAUUAAGAAUCUUUGUAUUCCUACCCGGCCUCACCCCCACCCACCCCUUCCACAACACCAUCCUACAUAGGAUAGAUGUGAUGUACCAACAUUUGUGUCGACAAAAAUAUAAUAAAAAGUCCCCUCAUCUUCUAGCUUAGCUCCAUUUUGAUCUUAUAUCAUUUCCCUCUACCGUGAAAAUGAAGAAUGAAAAAACCCCAUUAAUGACAUCAAAUAAGCUCAUGAAUUCUCAAAGGAAUAUUCAGAACCUCAUUCUCUAUUUCCUAUUUUUUGUCUCCGGUUUAGUCAUUGGAAUGUCCAUAAGUUUUUACCUAAAAGCCCCUCCCUUCAACCUACAACUCAAGCUGUUCUCCGCCCACCCCCCACCACUGAAGCCGCCCGCUCCUCGAAAAGUCACGAAUGAACCCCUCUCCGACUUCCCUCAGCUGGAUGUGACGACAUUUUCGCAGUCGGAAUCUCCACCGCCCCCGAAAAAACGGGCAGAAUAUAAACGGGUAGUGACGACAUCCGACUCGUUCGGGAAAUCCAGCCUACAAGAAUACCUUAAGCCACCGCCGUGCAUGCAUGGGAUGAGUGAUGAGGAGCUGCUGUGGAGAGCAUCAGUCGUCCCAAGAGUGAAAAAUGCGCCCUUUACUUACCGCCCCAAAGUUGCUUUCAUGUUCUUGGCUAGAGGGAGCUUGCCAUUGGCGCCUCUUUGGGAGCGGUUCUUCAAAGGGCAUGAUGGUCUUUAUUCCAUCUAUAUUCAUUCCCAGCCAUCCUUCAAUGGAAUUGCUCAUGGAGAAGGUCCUAUGUUUCACGGGAGAAGAAUACCUAGUAAGACAGUAGAGUGGGGAGAGUUCAACAUGAUCGAGGCGGAGCGGCGGCUAAUGGCGAACGCGUUGCUGGACUUCUCCAACCAGCGCUUCGUCCUGCUCUCGGAAGCCUGCAUCCCGCUGUUCAACUUCUCCACCGUCUACUCCUACCUCAUGCGCUCCACCAAGAGCUUCAUCGAGGCCUACGACCUCCCCGGCCCAGUGGGCCGCGGCCGCUACAACAAGCUCAUGGAGCCCGACAUCACCCUCGACCAGUGGCUCAAGGGCUCCCAGUGGUUCCAGGUCCACCGCGACAUCGCCGUCGAGCUCGUCGCCGACACCAAGUACUUCGCCCUCUUCAGGGACUACUGCCAGCCCGCCUGCUACUCCGACGAGCACUACUUCCCCACCUUCGUCACCAUGAAGUUCUGCGACAACAACUCCAACCGGACGCUGACCUGGGUUGACUGGUCCAAGGGUGGCCCCCACCCCUCCACCUAUGAUGGCCCCGACAUCUCCGCUGACUUCUUGAACACCCUCAGGAAUGGGACCCGCUGCCAGUACAACGGGAGGACAACCGACAUUUGCUACCUCUUUGCUAGGAAAUUUUUGCCCACGGCGUUGAAUAGGCUAUUGAGAUUAGCACCAAAAGUCUUGAUGUUUAAUUAAUCAUUAUUUAUCAAUCAAUAUACCAAAAUUACGGAGCACUAAUCACCUCUUUAAUUAUUACUCCGUAUUACUUUCAUUAGCCUCAAUUCCAUCAUCCACC